AUGAAUAUUCGUCAAGGUCGGCAUCCCGGAUUCCCUUGUUCCGGAUAUCGGCAAAGAUCAAAUCAGCCUCACGUAGUUCAAAAAGAAUUCCGUUCUGUAUUUCUUCCUCUGCUGCUUGACAGAACGAGUCAUUCCUCCAAUUUCUGCCACCUACCUCGGGCUCUUUUCCCCUUGUUCGGUAGUAGCCUCGAUGUCGUAAUUCCAAGGCACAACAUGAUUUCCCGUGUUAGGUUCCAGGAGGCUGAUAGUGAUGGGUCCCUUCGAGGGUGGAUAGGUGGAUCGAGGGGCUUGGUAGGACGUAGGCCUAUUUUGUGCAUUCUGAAUGAUCUGGGAUAUAACGUUGUGCAGAUCAGGGCUAUUCCUGUGUUGAGGCCGGAUCGGAGGUUAUAUCAUGUUAAUCUCUGUGCAAUCCGCGUCUUUCACCUUAGGCCAAACGAGACUAUCUUUGAGUGA